AUGGAUCUUUUCUGUUUGGCCAUUAUUUUGCUUCGCCUUUCCUUGGUCACUUCCGUCAACUUCACGCAAGUUUUCGAGUGGCCUGAUGGUUUGGACUACGAGUGGCCUUCCGAGGCAAAAAGGACACGGGCCUUGAAAUAUGGAACUUCGGAUCCAGAGAAAAUUGUACCUCUUUUCAUGGCUGUGUUCGGCACAAGGAUCUUCCUGAGCCUUGAGAAAUACAAUGUUGGCAUUCCGGUUACCCUGGUGUCUUUGCCGACGAGCAGCAAGAAGUCCUCUGCACCCCCGAAGCUCACUCCAUUCCCUUCGUGGGACAUACAUAAAAAAUAUGGAGACUGCAACAAUAUUGACCGAGCAACAGGGCUGGAGGUGGACUCCGUUGGCAGGCUGUGGGUGCUUGAUGACGGUGGCUUCCGUUGCAAUAGCAAACAAUGGAUUUUCGACUUGUCCAACAACGAUCAUACCAUUCUCAUUCACCAUUUUCAUUUUUGCUAUGACAUGCACAACUUGGUUCUUGACGAAACGCCAAACGGAUAUUUCGCCUACAUCGCGCGGUGGGGGGAACCGCACAUUGUCGUAUUUAGUUUGGAAAGAGAAGAUUCUUCGAUUUUGUAUACGCCAGGAAUGAACGUUUUUUCCAUUGCCCUGUCCCCUAAGGAGGAAGCGAGACAACUCUACCUCAGCAGAUACAACUCCACUGAACUAUAUUCAAUUCCAAUUCCCGAAAAUCCGCACGAAACUCAAACUGUAAAUCCGAAACUAACCAGAAAUUGGAAAGCAAGACCAUACAGAAUUUUGAUGGACAACCACGGAACCAUGUAUGCCGCCUUUUUGUGGGAGAAUCACAUAAUAUCUUGGAACACAGACCAGCCGUACCAGGAGCAGCAUUUUCAUGAGGCUGGAAAGCUGGAUAUGAGUUGGCCGUUUGCUUUUGCCUUGGACUCGUUGGGAACCUUUUGGGUUACUGUAUUUAAUAACACAGGGAACAAGCCAAGUUUCAGGCUACUAAAGGCUGCAGUCGGUGCGAAGCCAUACACCAGCGAUUCUCCGACGACACAGGUUGGACGUUUCACAGGAAAAGGGCAAACAGACAAGUCUACCAACUCUGCUUUGAUCGGCUCGCUCGCCUUCCUCUUGGUCCUGAGCUGCUUUAUCGUAAUCUGGCUCUCCCUGAGGAUGAAAAAAUCGAUAAUUUACAAAGAACAGUGCAACGGAGUCGCAAUGGAAAUGGCCGCUAUCCGGAAUUCUGUUUCCUUGUAUGAAGAAGUGGACGAGGGAAUCGAAAAUGCUUUGUACAGACUUUUCACGGCCCCGCCCCCUUGA